GCAAUUACGCCGUGGUGACGUCACAUAUAUGCUAAUUACGCAAUGACUAAUCUAGAGACCUUCCAAUCAGUCUUUAGAUACUUUCCAUUGAGAAUAGCUGGCAAUGAACUAAAAGGGCUUAUUUCGCAACAAUAACCUGCUGCCUGUAUAUUAUACCGCUUAUUACACGGCUUUUUACCUCAUAAGUAAGAAGUCGAUGAGAGAUGAACGAUGGCGUCUGUUUUAGAACUGCUUUAUGAAACACUGGAUGACCUGGAGGAAGACAAGCUGAAGAGAUUCAAAAGCAUCCUGAGACAUGAUGGAUCAAUUUCAGCUUCUAAACUGGAGAAGGCUGAUGCCACAGACACGGUGGAUAUGUUGGAGUGUUUUGGAUCCGAAGAAGAAGCAGUGAAGAUCACAAUAAACAUCCUGAGAAAGAUGAACCAGAAUCAGUUGGCUGAACAGUUGGAGAUGAAGCACUUAGUUAGUUUGUCUGUUUGUUACAGAACACAUUUUCCAAAUUAUAUUUCACUUAUUUUGUCGUUCUCAUUCAUGAUCAUUUAUUCUUGUCCUUUCACAGUGAUUCAGAAAGACUGUUUAAAGCCCGUAGUGAAGCAAACAGAGGAUUUUCCACUGAAAGAAUUUUUGAAAAGGCACAGAACAAACAUGAAGGAGAAAGUCGAACAUAUUUUCGAGGGCAAAAAAGAACAUGAAGCCCUCCUCAAUGAUGUUUACACUGAUCUCUUUAUCACAGAGGGAGAUGUUGAAAGAGUCAAUGAAGCACAUGAGAUACACAAGAUCGAAAAAGCCUUCAAUAGCUCGAAAUCAGAGGAAAGGUCGAUCAGCUGCACUGAAAUAUUUCAUUUACUUAGGGAAAAAAAUAAGAAAAAGAUCAUCCUGACCAAAGGCAUCGCUGGCAUCGGAAAAACUGUGUCCACUCAUAAGUUCAUCUUGGACUGGGCGGAAGGGAAAUCCAAUCAGGAUAUAUCCUGCAUGUUCCUGCUGCCGUUUCGAGAGAUUAACUUUGUCAAAGAUAAGAAAUUAAAUUUCCACGAGUUUCUCCUGGAGUUUUAUCCUGAACUGAAAGAAGUCGAUAAAGCAAAGUUAUAUAAGAGUUGUAAUCUUGCAUUUAUCUUCGAUGGACUCGAUGAGAGUCGCUUGCCUUUAAAUUUCCAAAGCGGAAUACUGUCGAGCAUCGAGGAAAAAUCAUCUGUUGAUGAACUGUUUACAAAUCUGGUCAGGGGGAAUCUGCUUCCGUCAGCCCUCGUCUGGGUCACCUCCCGUCCGGCGGCGGCCAAUCAGAUCCCUCCCGAGUUUGUAGGUUUGUACACGGAGGUGCGAGGAUUCAAUGAAGAACUGAUGAGCUUGUAUUUCAGUAAGAGAUUUAAAGAUGAGGCUCAGGCCUCCAAAGUCCUCAUGCGCAUCAGGAUGUCUCGUAGUAUCUGUAUCAUGUGCUACAUUCCUGUGUUUUGUUGGAUCACGGCCACCGUUAUUCAGGAGAAUCUUAUCAGUAACGACACGGAUGAUGCCAACUCUGAAAUGAUGACGCUCACUGAAAUGUACAUUCACUUCCUGCUAAUACAGAUGAAUAUGAAGAAUCGUAAGUAUGACCAAAAUUCAGAGAGAGUUCGUACAAAGCUCUUAGAAUCAAAUAAAGCCAUGAUUUUGAAGUUAGCUAAGCUAGCGUUCGAGCAGUUAAAGAAGAAUAACGCAAUGUUUUAUGAGGAAGAAUUGAGGGAAUGUGGGAUUGAUGAGAAUGAAGAUUACGAGGGCACGGGAAUGCUCACCGAGAUCUUUAAGAAGGAAGCCGGACUUCACGAGAUGAAGGUCUUCUGCUUCGUGCAUCUGAGCGUGCAAGAGUUUCUGGCCGCGCUGCACGUUUUCCUCUGCUAUCUGAACAAGAACGUGAAAGAGAUUUGUUUUUUUUUCAAAGAGGAAAGAGCUUCACUUCGUUUUUUUUUCAAAAUGAUAAGAGCUGCAGUAAAAAACAUCACAUUGCAUGACUUUCUGACGGAGGUGGUUAACAAAACUAUGGAGAGCAAGACAGGACAUUACGAUCUGUUUUUGCGAUUUCUGUUAGGGAUUUCACUGGAAUCCAAUCAGAAGCUGCUAAAAGGACUGUUGACGCACACCGAAGACAGCACAGAAAGUGUGGUGAAAAUAACAGACUACAUUAAAAAACAAAGGGAGCUAAUUAUUAAGAAAACAAAAAUUAUUUUUUGGUCUCACUCUGCCCUUGAUCUGGAGGAAGACAAGCUGAAGAGAUUCAAAAGCAUCUUGAGACAAGAUGGACCAAUUCCAGCUUCAAAACUGGAGAAGGCUGAUGUCACGGACACGGUGGAUAAAAUGUUGGAGUGUUUUGGAUCGGAAGGAGCUGUGAAGAUCACAAUAAACAUUCUGAGAAAGAUAAACCAAAAUCAGUUGGCUGAACAGUUGGAGAUGAAGCACUCAGAAGGUAAUGAGAGAGCACAUGGAGCGAGAGACACAACGGAAGCCCAGUGGCUCAAACAUGUGGAGAACUUCCUGUAUUUGGUUCGGCCCGAGGUCCAGCAGUGUUCACACCACAGGUGGGUCGCCCCAGAGUUCGGCAACAGCCGCUCCGAGACCACCUGUUUAGAGCGGUAUCGGAGCGGCCGUUUAGUGCGCACCCGAGUGCGGCUGUUGUGUUCACACUGACCCAAACGCACCGUACUCGGAGCGACACGUCAUUUGGGCCGACCUAAACAGUGUAUAUGUGAAAACACCCUUAGCGACUUUCCAAGCAGUCUUUAGAUACUUUCCAUUGAGAAUAGCUGGCAACAAACUAAAAGGGCUUAUUUCGCAACAAUAACCUGCUGCCUGUAUAUUAUACCGCUUAUUACACAGCUUUUUACAUCAUAAGUAAGGUAAGGAACAUUAAAUAUUGUUUUGAAAUAUUUUAUUCGCUAAAUUUUAGUAAAUGCAGACCUUUUGAAAGCGAUACCCGUUUACUUUCAGUUUUAAGAUAAGACAAGAUGUUCAGAUGUCAUGAACACACUAUUUGGUUUUAUCAUUUGUAAAUAUAAUGUCAUAUAUAUUAAAAACCACGGGGAAAAUAAGGCAAUCGCUACUUCCGUUUCAUGCCGACUUUAACAUUUUUGCGAACAUAAAACAGAGAUCAAGCCUCAGCCAAGUAAGAAAAAGUAACUUAAAAGUAACGUAAGCAUUACUUUUCAUGAAAAGUAACUAAGUAACGCAAUUAGUUACUUUUUGGGGGGAGUAACUUAAUAUUGUAAUGCAUUACUUUUAAAAGUAACUUUC